AAAAAAGAAAAAAAGAAAAAAGAAGAUCUGUUUGUGGUGAAUUAGUGCUAGCUUGCCACAGACAGGUGCUCUGUAUACUUGAGUAAAACCAUCCAUGUCCAGGCUAAAGGAAGGUCUCCAGAGUGGUGUGUUGCGUGUGUUUACAUACAGGGACGCUGCUGUGAGUCGGAUCCAACUGGAUCGGUGAGACCAGAAGACUUUGGCGCCGUGGUGUGCCAGUUGAUAUCAAGACCAAAGGACUUCUAAAUUCAGAUUUGCACCAGAAGAUGAAUGGUCUGUCAAUAAGAGAACUAUGCUGCCUGUUCUGCUGCCCCCCAUGUCCCAGCCGCAUUGCAGCCAAACUGGCUUUCCUCCCCCCAGAGCCCACUUAUGCUUUACUCCCUGACCCAGAUCUGGGUUCUGGCAGUACAACUGUGUCUACGUCCAACUCUGGUGCCGUUCCCACUUCUCUUGGAGCGCCUGGACUGCGCUCGCGACUGAGUACUGGUAGUGGAGGUGAUAGGGGAGGCGGAGGAGGCGGAGGAGGAGGAGGAGGUGGUGGAGGCGGUGGGGGUGGCGGCGGCGUUGGCAGCAGUAGCAGCAGCAGUGGAAGCGGCAGCGGCAGCAACAGUGGUGCGGCUGGUAGCAGUAACACCAGCAGUAAUGCGAAUAGUAGCGGAUCUGAAGGCAAGUGGAAGCUGCAUCUAACGGAGAGAGCGGAGUUCCAGUAUUCCCAGAGAGAGCUGGAUGUGACGGAUGUGUUCCUGACCAGGUCUAGCCGAGGGAACAGGGUUGGAUGCAUGUACAUCCGCUGCGCCCCUAAUGCCAGGUUCACAGUAUUGUUUUCCCACGGUAAUGCAGUAGACCUGGGCCAGAUGAGCAGCUUCUACAUUGGUUUAGGCACACGCAUCAACUGCAACAUCUUCUCCUAUGAUUACUCGGGCUACGGCGUUAGUACUGGCAAACCCUCUGAGAAGAACCUUUAUGCUGACAUUGAUGCGGCCUGGCAUGCUCUACGUUCCCGGUAUGGCAUCAGCCCUGAGAACAUCAUCUUGUAUGGACAGAGCAUUGGCACGGUUCCCACAGUGGACCUGGCGUCACGGUUUGAGUGUGCUGCUGUGGUCCUUCACUCUCCUCUCACCUCCGGCAUGAGGGUGGCCUUCCCAGACACUAAGAAAACGUACUGUUUUGAUGCCUUCCCAAAUAUCGAGAAGGUGUCAAAGAUCCCAUCUCCAGUGCUCAUCAUUCACGGUACAGAAGACGAGGUGAUCGACUUCUCCCACGGCCUCGCCCUGUUUGAGCGCUGCCCCAAGGCCGUGGAGCCCCUCUGGGUGGAGGGAGCCGGUCACAACGACAUAGAGCUUUACAGUCAGUACUUGGAAAGGCUACGGCGCUUCAUCAACCAGGACCUUGCUGCACAGCAUGCCUGAGAAACGAACAACCUCUCUGUCUGUCUCUCUGUGGUUGUGUGUAUGAGUGAGUGAGUGAGUUGCAUGUGAAAGAGGGCGUCAGCAUGUAUGCGUGUGAAAAUAGAUGUGCAAUUUUGGUCACAUCUGUGUGUCUUUGAUGCAGCACAUCUACAGGUUAAACACAACCUAUGUUUUGUUUUCUAGUUUUAAAGAUGAGAAAGUCUUUUUAAUCUCUCAUUAGCUACAGUAUGACCAUUUGUAUGGUGUUGGUGAAACACUAAGGAUAAGAGCAAUGCUGAAACAUGAACUGCAGCUUCAAAGUAUAGGUGGACUACAUGGAAGUGGGUGAAAGAUAUUCUUGUCUAAAAAGGCACACAGAUGUUGAAGUGUGACGUGUUUGGUGAAUGCAUGGGUUAUGAUGAAAGUGUGUAUCUUCAAAUCUCCGUGGACCUGUGACACCUGAAUAAUGUGUGCACAUGUUAGUAUGUGUGAGCGUAUGUGAUAGAAAUGAAGGACAUCCUGAUGACUUGGACAGCUGCAAGUGGAGGAGGAUGAUGGAGACUUAUCAAUAUGGAUGUUUGUUUUUAUUUCUUUUGUUUUUAGCGCGUAUGUAUGAAGAAUACCUCCACAGCUCGACCAGCUCUCUUUCCAGCGGACAAAACACUGGUCAAGCGUGUGCUCCCUCCUCCUCCACUCCUUGUUUACUUUUUAAUGGACAUCCAUCUGACUGCCAGGGCAUUUACCAAGUUGUUCAGCUAACACUAACCUGCUCUCUUUGUGUGCUCUGAGGGUUCAUCUCUGGUCUUUUCGCUGUCGGUUCCAAUGGAUAUGCAAGAACUUGCUGGAACGCUGUCACAGCUUGUGUGGCAGUUGGGUGUCUCCUACUUUCCCUCAUUUUUAUUUUUUUUUUUUCAAAUCUUUAAAGCUGGUAAAAUGACCAGCUGCCAUGUUUCUAGGUUGCAGCCUUUAAAUCUCCACAGAAAUUCAGUAAUGACCUUCAGGGAAUCAGUUUUAUUCCCCACAUGAAGACUAUACGUUUUCUAGGCUUUAAACAGGUCUACUUUGUAAUUUUAAUAAUCCCAUUGGACUGGUUUGCUCAGAAAAAACAAAAAACGUUUAUUUCUCAAUCUUACUGGAUAAUGUUGGAAAGCUAGAAUGUGCACAGAAACAAUGCACAUCUAAGAAGACGUUUCACAUCUUUUUGUAAAACUGCUUAUUUGCAUUGUUGCUGGGAGUUUCCCCUCUGUCUUGCGCACACUCCAGGAAGCAACUGAAUCCACACAAGAAGCAGCCCAGCAGAUAACAAACCGUAAAACUACAACAUGUCUGGACUUUUAACUGUGAGCUGGAGAGUGGCUGAUAUGUGGAUAUAUUUUUUUUCCUUAAUCUUUGGACAAAGCCACCUUAUUCUUUUUGUACUCUUUGAAUUUUGCUGGAAACUACUGGAAAAUGCUAUUGUUGCUUCGUCACUUGACCGGGGCAGGGGCAGGGGGUUCGGUCAGUAUUUUAAUUUAAUCCCUUUUGCAAGAAUGUAAAUAAGCAAAUUUCUAAAAUGUAGUAAAAACCAUGAAGGGCGGAUGUUGUGAAUAAUUUUUUUUUUCUUGUGGAUGGAAUCGUUGGAGCUUGAUGCUUUGGUUGGAUUUGAAGCCGUAAAUAUAUUUAUGGAGACAAAUUCCCAUUUGGUUUUCCAAACUAUUGAGGAUUAUGUCAAUUUUAUUCAGAAUCCCACAACUCAACAGAACCUUACUUGAUUUAACUUCUAAUCUCGUCUUGUAGUAGCACUCAUCACCAGGGUCAGCCAGCCUCCUUCAGCACAUUUAUUUCUCCAGUUUUUGUCUCAAUGUAGUCAGUCCUGGUGUGUUUCUCAUAGUGUUGGGCCAUGGAUUGUUUCAGAACCAUGCUGUUAUGACUAACAAUGUGAUCAGAUCAGGUGCAAGGAGGGAACUAUCACGCCUGCUUCCUCUGUUUUAACCUCUGUGGCCCUAAAAAUGUACAGGAGCUCUCUUAUGGGUGGCAGCACGCUUCAAUGUGUGACACAAGCCAUAUUUGAGCCUCUCACUGUUGGUGUGGUGCAGGUUCCACCACACGCGCACACACACACACAUGCACACACACUGACACACUUACACACACUAUUACAUAUACAUCUCAAAAUGCAACAUUAAUAUGCACGCAUACAUUUACACAUUUAUAUAUAUAUAUGUAUCAGAUCAAGCAUGACAAAAGCAGGUCUUAAGUUCAGCACUAUUGUAUAAAGCAUCCAAAGUGUAAUAAGGGUAUAAAAGUUAGUCUGUGUCUUUUUCAUUAUUAUUGACUGUGUUCUACAGGCCAGUGUGGAGGAUACAUGUUUCUUGUGUGGAGAAGCCCUGAGGGGUGCUGAGUGUUGAUGUAGUAUGACAUGGUGCUUGCCUCACAGGGGACCCGUCAGAUUCAGCGGUAGCAGCUGAGUUUUGUCAAAGGGAACAUUUAUUAUCUCGCACUGAUCUGAUUGCUCCAUUUUUGGGAGCACCAGUGGCUCUCAGAAAGCAGUGAAAAAGGGUCCCGAACACCACUCAGCGGUCCCGUCAUCAUCGUAAACAGGGAAUCUUUUCAUCGUCAUCAUGUGCUUUGUUUCUCUGAUAAUGGAACGAUGAGAAACUUUUAUCUCCUUAAACCAGGGAUCUGAGCUGAGCUGCCAGAAGUAUCAGAGAGAGCGAGUGCCUCUCUCUCUGGGGGUAAAAGUUGUACUCCGUUAUUCCUGGACAGUUUGGGUUAUCAGGGAAACCUACGGAUCCACAUUUCAGUCACGGGGUUAAAGAAACUGGGUGUAAAGUUGCUGUUUAACGAUGCACCACUACGGUUGACAUAUAUUGUAUCCUCUGGCCUUGAAUGUUUUUGGAUUGCGGGUGGGAGGAAGGGAGGGGGGGUUGGGGGGGCUGAGCAGUUAAAACUGUAUGCAUGUCUGUUGUGUUCUGCAGAGCAAAUGAAGGGACAUUAUCUAUUGUGUAGUCUUUGUGAGGGUAAAGUUGAACUCAUGGCAUUGAAACAUUGAAGCGCUUUUUUGGAAAAAAAAAAGAAAAAUGACGGGACAUUUCUCUGAAUUUUUUAUUGCUGAUAACUGAUGUAUUGUGAUUUUUGUGCUAGAGUUUGAGUGGGGCGGUUGAGGGAGGGACGUGGGUGGGUGGGUGAGACAACUAGACAUUAGUGGACUGUUUAUAUGGUUACUGUACUUACCUAUUCUAUUCUUUGUAUUAUGAUUUGUAAUUUUAUGUUGCUUUUUUGAACUGAGAAUAUGAUGUAAUGAAAUGAACUAAUUGGACUGAAUCUUGACCUUUUUAUGGACGACGAUAAUAAAAUCACUUAUGUACAAA